CGUCCAAGCAUUGCAGAGAGCAAUUGGUCCAGGCAGCUUCAUUUCGCCACUUGCUGCUGCGCAAAUCAUUCAAGUCAUCUUCUCAUCAGACCGCGGCUGUGUAUCCUGCCACCGCGCCGCCGAGUUCCUAGCGAAGCCGACUGCCACAGGAGCCUCAUUCGUCGCUCCCAGCUGACAUCAUCUGCCGCGCAUUGUGGAAGGCCAGUCAGUGAUCUUCCGCAGAGCUCCAACAAACACUUCUUCAACUCCACCACCCGCGACGUCCGGCGCUCCGACACUUCUAGACCAAAUCUGUAGCCUUGCAGCGAUCUGAACGAACAAGGCGACAGCAACUGCCCCUCAGCGCAACAUUGGUUGCAGCCUAAUCCGCCGAGAUGUCCUCCGUUCUACGAAGCGUGAAGAAUGUCACCAAGGGCUACUCUUCCGUGCAAGUGAAGGUCCGGAAUGCAACGAGCAAUGAUCCAUGGGGGCCCACGGGCGCAGAUAUGGCGGAUGUCGCCCGAAUCACUUACAACAGCUCGACCGAUUUCUACGAGGUCAUGGACAUGCUGGACAAGCGGUUGAAUGACAAGGGCAAGAACUGGCGGCACGUGCUCAAGAGUCUGAAAGUCCUGGACUAUUGUCUACAUGAAGGCUCGGAAUUGGUGGUUACAUGGGCUAGGAAGAACAUCUACAUCAUCAAGACCUUGCGUGAAUUCAUUCACAUUGAUGAAGACGGAAGGGAUGUUGGAGCAAGCAUCCGACAUUCUGCCAAGGAGCUGACAUCUUUGAUCCUGGACGAAGAGCGACUGCGUUCUGAACGAGCGAACAGGGGAUCGUGGAAAUCGCGCGUUACCGGACUUGAGGAAUUUGGUCUCGGGGGCGACCCAACGCCUAAGCAGCGAGAGCAGCAGCGAAGGCGACCACAGAACGACGACGACGAUCUCGAAUACAGACUGGCCAUUGAAGCUUCCAAGAAUGAAGCAGAGGAGGAUGCUGCGAGGAGAGCGCAGCGCAGUGGCUUUGACACCGAUGAUGACCUGGCGAAGGCCAUAAAGUUGAGCAAAGAAGAGGAAGAGCUUCGCAAGCGGCAAUUAGAGGACCAGCAGCAGGAGGACUUGCUCUUUGACAACACUCCGGAUCAGGCUCCUCAGCCAACAGGCUUCAACCAAGGCUAUCAGCAACAAGCCGCUGUAGACUGGUUCGGCAAUCCUUUGCAGCAGCAGCAACCCCAGGCAACUGGAUAUUUGAACAACGCCUACAGUCAACCCACCGGCUUGCAACAACAGCAGACCGCAUUCCAGAACGGCUAUGGUUACCAACAGCCCCAACAAACGGGCUGGGAACAAAUGCAGCUGCCGGCUCAGCAGUUUUUGCAGCCACAAAAUACCUUUAACCCUUGGGCAAAUCAGAUGAAUGGAGGUGCAUUCGGGCAACAGCAACAGCCAAUCCAGGAGCAGCCCACUGCUCAAGCUGGCUCGAACAACCCAUGGGCGACUAACAACAGCCAGACGCAAUCGGGCAUCGCCCCACAGCCAACCGGAUCAAACAACCCCUUUGCAUCGCACUCCCAACGACAGACCGCCUCCCCAUUCAAACAACCCACACUCGACACGCUCCGAGAGCAACAGACAACCCAGCAAUUCCAGACGAGGCCGAACCCAAUCCAGAACUUCUCGGUCCCACAACCAACCCCAUCACCAAUUCAGCCUCAGCAAACGCAAAGGCCAGUCGAUCCUUAUCAGGCGAAGCUCAACGAAUUGUUGUCGAGCGGCGAAGGACAAGAUACUUUUGGAAACACUGGAGAUCUCCGUAUUCCUGCUCAACACACAGCUCCUGGCACAUAUGUCAACUCUGCUGGUGCUGGCUCUAUGGGCAGAUUGGAGGCCGCGAAGACCGGCAAUAACCCCUUCUUCAGCCAGCCCCCAACACAGUAUCCCGCACAAACUGGUCCCGCGGCGCAAUUCGGCGGUCCCGGAGCUGGCUUUGGUGGAGGUAAUCCAUUCGGACCAAGACCUGGCCAGCAGCAGCAACAGCAGGGUCAGAGUCUAAUUGAUCUUUAGGAAAGGGAAGAAAAGUUUGGUAUAGCAUUCUUGUCUGCAGACGAGCAGAGAGAUUUCGGCAUAGGGGUGCCGUGUGGUGGCUUAGCAAAGCUGUGCCUCCUUUGAGGUGAUGCGACUGGGCAAGAGGGGAGUGUAUGGUGGUGCGCUGCGGAAAGGGGUGAGGCAAUUUCCUUCCGGGCGCAGGUCUUGCAUUUGCAUAACGUUCUUGAUACCCACAGUCGAUGUUAUAUCAUUCGUUCGGCUGCGAGUUGCUUGCUAUAUUUGCUUUAUAUUUUGGGAUCAAUAUCGUGAGAGAUCGG